UGCUUUGAUGAAGAAAUGCUGAGGAAGGAAUAGUGAAAGUGCAGAGAAAGGAUGAAAUUCUGCUUGAUAUGCUAAGAGAAUAGGACUAAGACCAAAUUGAGGGAGAGAGAGAGAGGUACAAACGAAGCGCUAAGAGAGAGCUACGAGACAUGUCAGCACCCGCACCGUACAAAAGAGAACUUCGUCCAGCUCAUUAUAUAAUGAAGAUAGAAUCAUUUUCCACAGUAUCAAAAUUGCACAAGUAUGAAUCCAGGGUUUUUGAAGCUGGGGGCUACAAAUGGAGUCUGUCACUUUACCCUAAUGGAGACAAGCACACUAAAGGGUCCGGAUACAUUUCCUUGUACUUGUCCAUCGAGGAGACAAGUAAUUUUCCUCCCGAUUGGAAGGUUCACGUUAACUACAAGCUUUUUGUGCAUGAUAAGAUACGAGAUGACUACUUGACCAUCCAAGAUGCUGAUGGGACAGUGAGGACCUUCAAUGACAAGAAGACCCAAUGGGGGUUUUCUCAGUUUCUUUCCUUAGAAACAUUCCAAAAGGAUUCAAAUGGAUACCUUUUGCAUGGCUUUUGCGCAUUUGGGGCUGAGGUUUUUGUCCUCAAUUCUACUGGGAAAGAGGAGUCUCUUACCAUAAUCAAAGACCCGCCAAACCAGAGAUUCACUUGGAAGAUGAAAAACUUCUCCAAAUUGGACAAGGACCCUCGCUCUUAUGCCUUUUCCUUCGGGCAGAGCAAAUGGAAGUUAUCGGUGUAUACCAAAGGCAAUGUCCCCACGGAACGGAAGUCGCUGUCCAUGAAAUUACAAGUGCAAGACCUCCCUCCGAAGAGGAAAGUGUACGCAGAAUUCUAUCUGCGUGUUCGGAACCAAUUUAAUGGUAACCAUAAGGAGGAAAAAGCUAGUCACUGGCUAAGCGCCUCAUCUCCAAAGGUUUACGAUGACUUUAUGCCCAUGGAGGAUCUCCAAAAACGGGACAACGUGUUUGUUAAAAACGAUGUUCUGAUCGUUGAAGUCCAAUUCCUUGUCAUUUCCGCUGUCAAAGCUUAGGGACUCUGAUGACUUACUAUCGAAUCAGAAUUAAAUAGUAUGUAGCCAUCAAAUUGGCAUUGACAUUGGUGCCUCGACAUAUUGAUUCCUCCUAAUUUGGUAUCUUAUUUGAUCACUUG